AUGACCCCAGAGGAAAUCGAGGAGCUGUUCAAGCGCACCGACGGCGUGGUCGUGGUGCAGGAUGCCGGCGGCGACGAGGACGACGAUGAGCCCACCCUGACUGAGGACGAGACGAGCUACAGGGUUGCCCGCCUCAAGGACGUGCUGCUUGAGGCUCAGAGUGCCUGGGACGGCGGAUCUGAAGUUCUCGACCGCAUUGCCGAGAAGCUCGGUGAUGGAAGCCGGCGCUAUGAGAAUAGAGCCCGCGUCGUCGAGGACGGCCACAUCAACGCCAUCAUAGACCUCCUUCAGCAUGAUUCCUUGCUGCCAUAUGUGGUCACCGUUUUAUAUAAUGUCUUGGUGGACUAUGAACCAGUCCAGCUGCAGGCCUGUGAGGCCGGCCUCAGCCAACGGCUAACAGAUCUCCUCAGCGGGCCUCGUCUCGAGACGUCCCGUCCCUUGAUCGGCCUGAUAUGCAAGAUCCUCGCCCUCCUCAUCGCCCAGGAGCCCGAGGUCCGCACGGGAUCCCCAACAACACCUCAGGUCCUCCUCAACAUCGCCACCAGCCAGGAGCACCCCGUCGACCUCGAGGACUUCAGCGCCCUCACGUCCGUGGCGCUCGCGUACUUGACCCACGAGACAUUUCAGACGAGCAACCUGGCCAGCGUCCCGCUCCUCCUGGAGGCGUUCUCCAUGUCCCACACAUCCUUCGACCCAUCCGACGCCGCCGACCCCGAUGCCGCCGCGCAGCUGAAGCAGGUCCGCAGCGCCUUCGUCCCCGUGCUCGCCGACAUCUCAGCACUGCCGGGCUUCAUCCCGGUGCCGACCCCGGACAACGCUCAAGCACCACCACUCCUCCAGCACCCCGUCUUCCAGACCCUCCAAGGCUGGCUGCGCAGCUCAGCCGAGCACGCCACCCUGCAGUCGGCAGCGUGCCUGGCGCUGGGCAACGUGGCGCGCAGCGACGCAACGUGCGAGACCCUCGUCGGCAGCGGCGCCAUCCACGAGCCGCUCAUCGACCUCCUGACUCGGUGCACGGGCAGCGGCACAACAACAACAACAACAGCAUCCCCGCCCAACGCGCAGCUCACGCACGCGGUGCUCAGCUUCCUCAAGAACCUCGCCAUCCCCGCCGCCAACAAGCCCGCGCUGGGCCGCCUGCUGGAGCCGGGGCUCCUGCCGAAGCUGUGGUCGACGUGGGGCGACGCGCAGCCGCAGUCGCAGUUCGCGGCCGUGUCGCUGGGGCGGCUGCUGCUGGUGGGCUGCGCGGCGAACGCGGCGAGGCUGGUCGCGCCGCUGGGCCGGGACGCGGAGCCAUCCGGUCCUGUCCAGACGAAUCUGCAUGUCCUGUUGUCGCUGUUCCAGCGCAGCGACGCGGAGCCGACCAAGACGGAGGUCGCGCGCGCCGUGGCGAACGUGUGCCGGACGCUGCACUCCGCACCGGUCGAGUCGGUCCUGUCGGAGGAGUGGGAAGAACCACCACCAUCCUCUGCCGACGACCAAGGCGGCAACACGCCCGCUACCACGACCACAAGCACACAAGACCCCACAACCUCGGAAACGCGCCGCGCACACUUCUACGCCGCCCACCCCGCCGUCCCAACCACGCUCUCCCUCCUCCUCACGCAGACGCGCUUCCCCGCGCUGCGGUCCGAGGCCUGGUUCGUGCUCGCGCUGACGAGCCGCUCCGUGUCGGGCGCGCGCGUGGCCCGCGCCGUGCUGGAGCCGGCGGGGGCGUGCCGCGCGCUCGUGGAGGCCGUCACGGGGCGGCGGGACGUGUCGGACGGGGACGACCUGCUGCUGGCCGCGGGGUCGCCGGCAUCUGGCCGCGACGACGCGGUGGAGGAUGUGCUGAGCAACAGCACCGGCGGCGCCGCUGGAGCGGAACCGAACCAGGCGGGCGGCGCGGUCGGAGGGGUCAGCCUUGGGAUGGAGGGUCUUGGACUUGGAGACCUGCAGCCGCAGCAGGUGGACCCUGCGGCGCGGGCGGGCAUGACGCGGAUCGAUCGUGAGAAUGGGCUGUGUCUUGUUGCCGAGCUGGUGCGGAACUGUGCGGGCGAGCUAGAUCCGGCCAGGAGGGCUAUCUACGAACGGCUGCUGGUGACGGGAGGGGAGCUGGUUUUAAACUCUAGGGGUGAGGUUGCCAGCGGGUAA